AGUGAGAGGAAGAGAGCGGGAGGUUUGGGGCCCUGGAGGGAGAGCCAGCCACACCAGGGAAACUGGAGGUGUCGUCUCCCCCAUUUCUAUCUAUUAUUGUCCCCCCACCUGAACCCCGAAGAUGUCCACUGCUCUGGUGUCUGCAACCAUCUUCGACCUGAGCGAAGUUUUAUGCAAGAGUAACAAGAUGCUGAACUACGGCCCCUCGGGCGCAGGGGGCUGCCUGCUGGACAGGAAGGCGGUGGGCACCCCGGCGGGCGGGGCCUUCUCCCGGCGCCACUCGGUCACCCUGCCCAGCUCCAAGUACCACCAGAACCAGCUCCUGAGCAGCCUGAAGGGAGAGCCGGCCCCGUCCCUGGCCGGUGCCCGGGACCGCUUCCGCGACCGUUCCUUCUCGGAGGGCGGCGAGCGCCUCCUGCCCCCUCAGAAGCAGCCGGGCGGCGGGGGGCAGGUCAACUCCAGCCGCUACAAGACGGAGCUGUGCCGCCCCUUCGAGGAGAACGGCGCCUGCAAGUACGGGGACAAAUGCCAGUUCGCCCACGGGAUCCACGAGCUGCGCAGUCUGACGCGCCACCCCAAGUACAAGACGGAGCUGUGCCGCACGUUCCACACCAUCGGCUUCUGCCCCUACGGCCCCCGCUGCCACUUCAUCCACAACGCCGAGGAGCGGCGGGCCCUGGCCGGGAGCCGGGACCUGACGGCCGACCGGCCCCGCCUGCAGCACAGCUUCAGCUUCGCCGGCUUCCCCAGCGCCGCCGCCACGGCCGCCGCCUCCGGGCUGCUGGACAGCCCCACUUCCAUCACCCCGCCGCCCAUCCUCACCGCCGACGACCUGCUGGGCUCGCCCACCCUGCCCGAUGGGGCCAGCAACCCCUUCACCUUCUCCAGCCAGGAGCUGGCCAGCCUCUUCGCCCCCAGCAUGGGGGUGCCCGGCGGCGGCGGAGGCGGCUCUCCCACCGCCUUCCUCUUCCGCCCCAUGUCCGAGUCCCCUCCGAUGUUUGACUCGCCCCCCAGCCCCCAGGACUCCCUCUCGGACCAGGAGGGCUACCUGAGCAGUUCCAGCAGUAGCCACAGUGGGUCAGACUCGCCCAUCCUGGACACCUCGCGGCGCCUCCCCAUAUUCAGCAGACUCUCCAUCUCAGAUGACUAGGCCGGGCCGGGCCGGGGCGAGCGGGCGGACGAGGAGGGCACCCCUUCCUCCUCCUUCCUCUCCCCAUCCUCCCGCCCCUCCCCUGUCCCCCUGUCCCCCACCAGCCCAGGCCCUACCGCCUCGUGAUUAACAAGCAAGGUUAAACUCAAAAGCCCCUCUCCCCCAGGCCCCUCCACAUGAGCCCCCCGCCACAUCCCAGGCCUCUUUCGCCCCCACCGAUCAACCGGACGAGGCCGUUUGUUCGUAGGCUGCCUCUCGCUUGGGCCUCUCUCUCAUACCCAUACACACAUACAUGUACACACACCGACAUACACACACCCAUCCCCUCUCGCCCC